AUCUCAUGAAGUACAUUUGUGUAGAAGGUGCGCGGUAUUUUCUCAAGUCAAUCUCACAGCUGAUGGCAGAGUCGCUCUCUAAGAUAUCAUCCAUAUUUGAAUCUGCCAAGGAUAUCGCCAUUGAAGCAGCAGUCUCUGCUUCUUCAAGGCUUGCCGAUACUCCCACGUCACUGCGACCCCAGGAAAUCAGGAAGUUGUUGAGUUCGAGAGUUGAAAGAGAUGUUUUGAACGGAAUGAAGUGUGUGAUAUCAUUGGUAUCCAGAGGCGAAGAUGGGCUCCCAUACUUUGCCGAAAUAGUCAAAAACAUCACGUCGUCGAAUUCUAAAGUCAGAAACCUUGUUUUAGUUUAUUUGACAAGGUAUGCUGAAGUUGAACCGGAUAAAGCCUUGUUGUCGAUAAAUUCAAUUCAGAAGUUAUUGGACGAUAAGAGUCCUGCAACCCGUGCCAACUCCGUCAAGUCUUUAUCGGGGAUUAGGAUUCCAAGUAUCAUUCCCAUAUUACUUGUAUGUUUGAAGAGAACCAUUAAUGACAGAUCUCCGUUGGUUAGAGCUUCUACGGCUAUAGCCAUUGCGAAGGUGUAUGAGAUUGAUAAGACCAGUUCCAAGCAACUUUUUGAGUACAUUACCAAAUUGUUGGCUGAUUCAGAUGCUCAGGUGGUUGGUACAGCUAUCAAAGCGUACGUGAAGAUGACGUCUCGGGGUGACUCGCAUACUAAGAAAUGGGCCCCAAUACACGGACAUUUUAGAAGGUUUUGUGAGAUAUUGCCAGAGUUUGACGAAUGGGCCCAAUCUACUUUCAUAGACCUAUUGACUGACUAUUCGAGAAUGUUCUUAGCCAAGCCCAAAUUGUACAUCCAAGAUAGUCAAAACACCAUUAUUGAUUUGCCCGAGGAUUUCUCGGCCAUUGCCAAUUACGACUAUGACAUUUCAUUCGAUGAAGAUAUGGGUUUAUUUCUCAAGUCACUCAGAAAUUUGGUAUACUCAGACUCUGAAUUUGUAAUAUUGAGUAUCCUCAGGGCUUUAUUGGCUUUGGCUCCUCCUAAAACCAUAAAAGAAUUCGAUUUGGGGUCGACUCUAUGUGCAAUGAUAUCGGAUCUGGACAAUCCCCAGGUUAAGUUGCUUGCAUUACAAACGAUAUCGGUUAUGAUUUCUAAAGACAAAACCGUGUUUGCCCCUCAUUAUAAGAAGUUCUAUAUUUUCACAUCAGAUACAAUAGAGGUUGCAAAACUCAAGCUUGGAAUCCUAUCAUUAUUAGUGGAUGAAAGUAACAUCAAAUAUGUUAUUGAAGAACUAAAGUAUAAUGCUCUCAAUAACUCCGACUCUCUUGUUACUAGUGAGGCGAUGAGAGCUAUAGGCCGUUGUUCAGGAGUUUCAGAUACAUGGAAUGACAAGAUAUUGAAGUGGUGUUUGAAGAAUAUUAGAAAUGCAAGUGGAAGUGCAUUGAAUGAGCUAUUGACGGUUAUACGAUACAUGAUUCAAAUACAACAACAAUUGAAAUCUGUGGGUGAUUCGAGUAACAAAAAAAUAGCAAGCAUAGUUUAUAAUUUGUCUUUGAUCUUGUAUGAUGAAGGCUUGAACUUAGAGUCGGAUGCGAAGGCAAGCAUUAUAUGGAUCAUUGGAGAGUUCACCAAAGAGUGCGAUAACCAAAUAGCCCCUGAUGUUUUAAGAAGGUUCCUCGAGGGUUUUGCAGAUGAACCGGAAGAAGUAAGAUACCAACUUCUUGUGCUUUCGGCUAAGCUCUUUUCACUCAAAUUGGAUGAAAUUCAUGAGAUUGGAUCCAGUUCAUCUGAAUUUCUCCAAAAUGAUAUCAUUUCCAAGAUGUUCCAAAGAGUUUUGACUUUGUGCAAGUACGAUUCCUCAUACGAUACACGGGACAAGAGUAGAAUGUUCAACAUUCUCCUCAACUCAGGACAUGACAAUUCCCAAUUAGCAUCUUUAUUCUUACAGGUUCCCAAGCCUGCUCCCAUUUUUACUUCAUUGGUCUCCAACUCCAUUGAGAGCAAGGUUCUCGUAAAAUACCUCAAGACCAGUGCAUGGGCUGAUCAGCUGGAACUCCCUCCUGCAUCCAUUAGAAAGCCGGCUCCGGUGGUGGAAAACAAGCUCAAUGGAAGCACCGGUGUUUCCUCGUCUAUGAUCAGCAAAAAGAUUGGCGAGCUCCCCACCUCGACUACAGGAAUCUCGUCUAGCCUGUACAAUAAUCUCACAACCAAGAUCCCUAAGCCCACCUACCAGCUCCAAAGUUUGGACGAGUUUUUCGGUAGUGAGGAAGAAGAGGGAGACUCCCUGGAUGAAGAGUAUCUGGAAGAAUCGCUGGAAGAGGAUUUUCUGGAAGAAGAACUGGCAGCCUCAGCAAACCCGAAUUCCUCGGAUGUUGGUAGCUUGCAUCACAGCAAUGACAGUGAAAGUGACGCAGAUGACAAUAGCUCUGGCAAUGGUGACGACGCAAAAAGCCUAUUAGCAUAGGUAUAUGGUCGCCUUGAAAGAUAACUGUGCCGAAAAGUACAUGUAAUCAGCUUUAGAGUUUGCGCUCUAAACCCUCAAUUCACGUUCUUACUAUGUGUAAUGUUUUCUGGGCUGUACAGUGAUCCUAACGCUUCACAAAAGGCCUUCUCGAAGCCAAAGUUUAGAGUUAAAUAAUUACUUAAUCAGAACUGUGUACCCCUUGCUCGUACUUAUUUUU